CGGGAACUUUUCAUCUCAUCACGUAGUUCAUUGUCCGUACCAGUCGCUGGGACCCGACCGCAAGGGGCCAAACACCUCAUUUGGGUUACUGGAUCAUCGUUUUCAUCGACGGGACUUUUCAUUCGUCCUUGACUCAAACACGAGAUACGACGGAUGAUAUUUUAAUCAUGGAUCUCCUGAAACCUCGUCGCAAGCCGAGGUACAAAGUACUUUAGGUGUUUGCUUUGCCCUUUUGAACUCCCCAUUUCAUUUUCACCAGAUGUAAAGUUUGGAAAUUCCGAGAGCGAAAAGGUAUCAAAUGGCCGAAAUCAGAACCAAGAAAUCGAGCGACGACAGUUUCUCCACGCUCGUCGUCGAAAAGAGCAGCACAUGCUCCUCCAGACAGGCGGCGGCGCUCGCCCACACUUACCCGUGGUUAACCACCGAAUGGGUCAACGGCAACGUCAACUUCGAGACUCACUUCAAGGACUAUGAGAUUGAGAACCCGGCCGUGGCCCUGCAGGAGGCGCUCGGCGGUGUCGUGAAAUGGGUCGUUGACGGCAUCAUGACCGAGUUCGGGAGCGCGGUGUCAGACUCACGCGGCACCCGAGACUGCGGGUGUGUUCACUGAGCUUAUUAUCAUUCGGCGUCAAAUUUCGCAGCGAAAAUGUCAAGGUUCAGGCGUUCAUUUUGGAGAUUGCUGAUGACAAUCGUCGUCCAAUGUAUUAAUUUCAUAUAGCCACCUCGUUUUAAACAUGGGGGUAUCAAGUCUAUCUGAACACGGCAAAGUCUAUGAGCGCCAGUUUUCCAACAUCGUAACAGGUCAGGUAAUUAAGAGGGUAAUGACAAACGUAAACAAUCAGCUGACUGGUGGUCCUUUCCAGAUCAUCGGCCAGCAGAUUUGUUCGUCCUUGUACUGCUGAGAUCCAGUCCGGCGAUGGACGUCAACGUGUUGACCCGGUCGAUAUCGUAAGGGCUAGCGUUGUAGUUGGCGGCUUCUGA